CUCAGUCAUCAGUUGAUUUCCACACACUGAUGUUGUGCAUUAAUAAUCUGCAGAUGUGUAAAGAUCUUCCUAACACUAAGAGCUGUUUAGGGUGAUGUACAUUUACUGUUGAUGAGUGUAGAAGUGAUGAUUAAUGCUGGAUUCUAGAUAGAUUUGAUGCUGAUGUGGCUCAGAAUGGCUCCUGCUCUUCAUCUGAUCUUUCUGCUCAUCAUUCACAGGGUUUCUAGUGAUUAUUGGGGUGUGAAUUACAGUCCUACACAAAUCUGUGCACUACAGAACUCAACAAUGACAAUCAGCUGCACUUUUACAUACCCGACUACUGGAUAUCAGAUCAUGAAAGUGUUCUGGAACAUAGACCAGGUAAAACAAGGAGAUGAGUUUGCAGAUCUGUCUAAUAACCCUGAAUACAGUCAGAGGCUUCAGUAUUUGGGAGAUAAACAGCAGAACUGCACCGUCAGACUGAGUCAUGUGACAAAGAAAGAUGAACAUGAGUAUUAUUUUAGAUUCAUUACUAAUGUAACAGGAGGAAUUUGGACUGGUAUUCCAGGAGUGCGUCUCUCUGUCACAGAUCUUCAGCUGGAGUCUCCUGAGAGAGUGACAGAGGGAGAUUCAGUCAAUCUGACAUGUAAUAGCAGCUGUAAUCUGACUGACACACCAACAUUCAUCUGGUACAGAAACUCAGACACAUUGACUAAUAUUAGAGAUAAACUCAACAUCAGUUCAGUCAGUAGAAGAGAAGCAGGACACUACAGCUGUGGUGUGCAGGGACAAACGUACAUCUCUCCUGCUGUUUAUCUCGAUGUCAGAUAUGCUCCAGAUACUCCUGUGAUCUCCAUCAGUGGAUCUGCUGUAAUAAUGUCUGGAGAUUCAGUGACUCUGAGCUGCAGCAGUGACUCAAACCCUCCUGCAGAAAUCAACUGGUUUAAAGGAGAAACAUCUGUAGGAUCUGGAAGAAUCUUCAGCAUCUCCAAGAUCAGCUCUGAUGACAGUGGAGAAUACAAAUGUAGAGCCAGAAAUGACCAUGGAGAGAAAUACUCUGAUCCUGUGACUUUAGAUGUCCAGUAUGCUCCAGAUACUCCUGUGAUCUCCAUCAGUGGAUCUGCUGUAAUAAUGUCUGGAGAUUCAGUGACUCUGAACUGCAUCAGUGACUCAAACCCUCCUGCAGAAAUCAGCUGGUUUAAAGGAGAACCAUCUGUAGGAUCUGGAAGAAUCUUCAAAAUCUCCAAGAUCAGCUCUGAUGACAGUGGAGAAUACAAGUGUAGAGCCAGAAAUGACCAUGGAGUGAAAUACUCUGAUCCUGUGAAUUUAGAUGUCCAGUACCCACCCAGGAACAUCUCAGUGUCCAUCAGUGGAUCUGCUGUAAUAAUGUCUGGAGAUUCAGUGACUCUAAACUGCAGCAGUGACUCAAACCCUCCUGCAGAAAUCAGCUGGUUUAAAGGAGAAACAUCUGUAGGAUCUGGAAGAAUCUUCAACAUCUCAAAGAUCAGCUCUGAUGACAGUGGAGAAUACAAGUGUAGAGCCAGAAAUGAACAUGGAGAGAAAUACUCUGAUCCUGUGAAUUUAGAUGUGCAGUACCCACCCAGGAACAUCUCAGUGUCCAUCAGUGGAUCUGCUGUAAUAAUGUCUGGAGAUUCAGUGACUCUGAGCUGCAGCAGCGACUCAAACCCUCCUGCAGAAAUCAGCUGGUUUAAAGGAGAAACAUCUGUAGGAUCUGGAAGAAUCUUCAGCAUCUCCAAGAUCAGCUCUGAUGACAGUGGAGAAUACAAAUGUAGAGCCAGAAAUGACCAUGGAGAGAAAUACUCUGAUCCUGUGACUUUAGAUGUCCAGUGUGCCAGAUUUGUCUCCUGCUCUCCUGCAUUUGGUGUUGGUUUUGCUGUUGGUGUUUUUGUCGGUGGAGCGUCAGCAACAAUCAGUGCUGUUCUUUACUUCUGUCUUUCUAAAAGGAAGAGCAGAAGAUCUGCAGUGAAAGAGUCUGAGAUCUCAGACACAUAUGCAGGUCUGGAUCUCCAGUCCGCGACCUCUGACCUGUACGACACACUCACAAGCGUUCACAACAGACCUGCUGAAAACUCCUACUCCACUCUUGAUCCUCAGAGCUCUUCUGAACAUCACAAUCCACCAGUAAGAGACAAUAUCAGCCAUAAACCCUCUCAGCAGCAGUUUGAUUAUUGGAUGAGCCUCGUCAAAGAGUUUAAUGUGGUUGAGCUUCAGUCUUUCUUCAUCUUAUUGUUUGUUCAGAUCAACAGGAAGAGGCUGUAA